AUGCCGAAUGUACCCUUCGCAGUCGGCAUCCAGCGGCUGAUACCGUUUCUGGGAUACCAUCAUGUCUUGAUGAUACUGAUUGCGAUUGCAAUCAUAUUGCUCUGUAAGAUACCAACUUCCCACUACCUGGACAUGAGAUGGGACACUGACUUGAGUGAUGCAUAGCACUAUUACUGGCAGGAUGUUCUUCCUCUUCGCCGCUAAUACCGGGCAUCUUCCUCAUAUCCUUCUACUACAAAUCGUACACGCCCGUCUACGAUCCAACACAAGUCAACCCAGGCGUCACAGCCGCAAUAGCCAACAUCGUCGGUGACGCUCAUCUGGAAGUACGAGUGGGAUACUUUGGUCUCUGCAUCAACCCCGAUGGAGGGAGUUUCCUGUGCUCCAACAAUGCGACUCUGUUAGCAGAGCAGAUCAGCAUUGACCAAGAUCCUCUGAACUUGAUCUGGGUCGCAACGACGUUCAAGAACAGUGUGGUAUUCCCAUACUUGCUGUAAGUCCUGAACACGUCACGAAAUGUCCCAAUCCACACUGACGUGUCCUUCAGCAUCGUCGCCAUCGUCCUCGCCUUCGUCACCUUCCUCCUCCUCGCAACAUUCCCCGGCUGGCACGAAGAACACGACGCCCGAACCGGUUCCGACAUCGACAUCAAACCCUUCCCUUCGAGACCGGUUUCCCAAGUCGCCCUCGCCCUCAUUUUCAUCGCCUCCAUCUUUGUCCUUGUCAGCGUUCUCUGGCAGCAUACUGCCUCCGUGGCCGCAGCACAGAUCGCGCAAGACUUCGGAAACGGAAGCGUCAAGAGCGGCGUUGGUACCAGCGCGAUGGUACUGGGUUGGUUUGGAUUUGCCUUGCUCAUCAUCGUUACGGUGGGACUGCUGGUAAUGAUUCUGAGUAUCCACCUGUUGGAUAGGUUGACGGAUGAGUGA